AUGUUCAAAAAUCAGUAUCAGGGUGGCCCAUUUGUUGAAAUAUUCAGUGCUCAAGGCAAGAACCCAGGAGCAAAAUGGAAGAUUUCUGGCAAUCCAUCAGCUAUAUGGAAAGAAUAUGAUAAAGAAGUAAAAGGCUUUGUUUUUGUACUUGAAGGAAACAGUCAAGUCAACAAAAUGCAGCUACCAAAGGAAACUAGACAAACAUUGGGACUGAUCCAGCGAUUUCUGACACUUCAGAUUUUUGUGCCGUUGGGACGAGACUUCUCCACUGAGUUACUGAUAACUGAUUUAGGAAAUAUUAAAAGAAGAUUGUAUUUAUCAACAGUCCACAAGGAGUUGUCUGUAACCCCUCUGCAUGCAAAAAUUCCACUGUUUACGAUGAACCGCAGAAUAUGGUGCAAUAUGUGUAUUGACUUGGUAGCAUUCACCAGUGAAAUAUUCAGAGGAGCUGCCUUCCAGUCUUUGGAUGGAAUUAGUAUUUCAGCUAACUGUAAACUGAGAAAGAUCUUCACUUUAAAAUCCAAGCCUCAAGAUACAGCUGAGAAAGAUGCUAUGUGUGGUGUUCCAGUCACGCCAUAUGAGCCCACAGAUGAUAUUCCUCCAACCUGCCAGCUGAAUAAAGAUGUGCCACAAGUUACACAAUUGCUGAACCUGACUAAAAUUCAGAAGUCAGAAAUAAAAUGCAGGACGCAUCCCGUAACACUGCAAGAAACAGGUAGCUCAAUUAAUAGAGGACAACGCACAGGUAAAACUCAGGAUGUAUCACAUAUUGCAUUUGGAUCAAAGAUCCUUGGGCCACCUCCAUCUUCAAACAGAAGAGUCAGUACGAGAGUAUCUGGAGAGGUAACAAAGACCCGCAGUAGCAAAAGUAAUAAAUCUUGCCGACUUCAAGGCAAGGGAAAGGGAGCUGAAUCCAUACCAGACACUGAGAGAUUGGAGCUGUCAUUCUCACCAUGCAAUGAUUCUUUAGAUCAAGAAGGCAGAAGAAAUACUCACCAAACAAGUAAAGAUGUGUGUCAACAUGACCCUGCAAUUCAGACUCGGGAUACCUCUCAGAAUGGAAGAGUAGAUUUUCAGCUUGACUCAUCACAAGGACCAUCAGCAGACAGGAACAGUCAUAGAAGAUUAUCUUUAAAAGAUGCAGCCAAAACCACAUGGAAGAUAACCAGUGAUGAAUGGGUGUUUCCAGAAAGUCUCACUGGGAGAGUUCAGUUGGAUACAAGUGAACAGCUUGUAGCUACUGAAGAUUCAGCCUGCCAUAAUGUAACCUUGCCACAGAAUGCCCCUGUUGAAUGUCACAGCAAUGAAACAGGUGAUCACCAAGUGAAUAAUAAAGAGACUUUCACAUUUUCAUCAAGACUUCGUUCAGCUCCUCGUGGGAAUUCUCCAGAUACGUCACCAGAAUGUGGCAUUUUCCAUUUGGAUUUGAAGCAAGAUAGUAACGGAGUACAUGGGAAAACCCAGAUUGAAGAUAAUGUUCAAGGAACUGACAGCAGCGAAGAGGAGUAUGACUGGAAAAACUACCAGUCAAAUAGACUCAGUUCAUCUGAACUGCAGAUGCUGGCUAGCAUGAAGAGACAGCAAAGUGAAGAAUCAGGAGAUACUGGGAUCUCCCAUGAGCUGAGUGCUUCACAGAUAGAUAAUUGCAACGUUAGCCUAAGUACAAGCAGUGAUGAUACAGCAACCUGCAACUCUUGUUUCCCACCACCCACCAGUCAGGAGCAUCACUAUCAGAAAGAAAUGAGCCCACUUUCUCAUUCCAACCCACGGGACUGGAUGGACGUGUUCAGUCCCCCCAUCAUUCCUAGAAGCCAGCAGCUGGAAAAGCACACUAAAUCUUCAGCAAAUCGGAGUACUCCAGGUGAAGAUGAUCUCAAUGCUGAAGAAGACGAGGAAAUUUUGACUCUUUUGUAUGAUCCAUGUCUGAACUGUUACUUUGAUCCAAAUUCUGGGAAGUACUAUGAAUUGGCAUAG